UAUACACUCUAUGGUUGCAACUUAUCAAGAGAGGAACCAAGAGGAACACAACGCAGGUCGAUGUGUCACGAGAACGGAAGAGGUUGCGACUCUAAAGUUUAUUGAUCAAGCACGACGUAUAUUUUUAAGAUCUAAAAAUGUUGUUCCAAUGACAUAGAAUACUGGGCGGAACUUUUGAUAGGUUUGAAUAUGAGUUUUCACAACAAACUAUUGCUACCAGCAACGCUGACGGGCUUUUAAAUACCGUAGCUAGCAGCUUUGGUAGUCUUUUCUCAAUGUGUACCAUACUCUCCGUAACAGUUAUUAACCUACAUGAAGCCACAGCUGGUAGCUAGCUAGCUAGCUAUAUAUACUAUCGAGGACGAUCGCUAGUAUGAUUAAUUCUGACCAAAACAGUAGCUACUGUUCUAACGCAGAGCGUAGCCGCACAAACUGUUGUGCUAGCUAGCGAAUCAAAUUGGGGUCAAUUCUAGAUAACGCUAGCUAACAUAAUUCAUAAUUAUACGAGACCAGUAACGUUGGAGACCGACACUACAUUCAGAUGAUGGCAGACUGUGAAGAUGACGAUGUGCCUCUCAUCUUCACCUGGGACGAUGCCAGCUGCGGCUUAUUAAGUGAAGAAUCGGAGAGUGCCGCAGCAACCAACGAAAAUGGCAGUGGCUACAAUAUUGCGAAUGAUGCAGUGAUCCCUACCCCUGGGCCCCAGGACCACAGAUCCCACUUUGGCAUGCUGAAGCAGAGCUGGGAAAUGAACUACCAGGAAGCUGCCAUCUACCUGCAGGAAGGUGAAAAUAAUGACAAGUUUUUCACCCACCCGAGAAACCCUAAUGCGCUGGCCGCCUACCUGUUUGCCCACAACCACCUUUUCUAUAUGGUGGAGCUUCUGACGGGGGUCCUGCUGAUGGUGCUGUCGCUGUGUGAAGCCCCUGCUGUGCCCUCCCUCCGGCUUGAUGUCUAUGUUCAUGCAACCCUAGAACUGCUCGCGCUGGUGAUGGUAGCCUUUGAAUUGUGCAUGAAACUGCGUUGGCUGGGUUUCCACACCUUCAUUCGUCACAAGAGGACCAUGGUCAAGACCUGUGUGCUCCUGCUCCAGUUUGUAGAGGCCAUCGUGGUGCUCGUCAGGCAGACCUCCCACCUGCGCGUCACCAGGGCUCUUCGGCCCAUCUUCCUAGUGGACUGCCGGUACUGUGGUGCUGUGCGCAGGAACUUGCGGCAGAUCUUUCAGUCACUGCCACCAUUUAUUGACAUCCUCCUCCUCCUCCUAUUCUUCAUGGUAAUCUUCUCCAUCUUGGGCUUUUGUUUGUUCUCCACGAAUACAGCAGACCCUUAUUUCAACACUCUGGAGAGCAGUAUUGUCAGCCUGUUUGUGCUCCUGACUACAGCAAACUUUCCGGAUGUGAUGAUGCCAGCAUACUCCAGGAAUCGCUGGUCCUGUGUGUUUUUCAUUGUUUACCUGUCCAUUGAGCUCUAUUUCAUCAUGAACCUGCUUUUGGCUGUGGUUUUUGACACAUUCAACGGUGUGGAGAAGAUGAAGUUCAAAUCCUUGCUGCUGCACAAAAGGACAGCCAUUGACCAUGCCUUCCAGCUCCUGGUCAGCAGGCAGAGGCCCAAUGGAGUGUCCCUCAAGCAAUUUGAUGGGCUGAUGCGUUUCUACCAACCACGGAUGAGUGCCCGUGACCGCUUCCUGACUUUCAAGGUCCUUAACCAGUCUGGUCUGUCCAUGCUCAGCCUGAAGGAUUUUUAUAAAUUCUAUGAAGUCAUUGGCUUAAAAUGGAAGGCUCGGCGUAGUGGAGAGCAUUGGUUUGAUGACCUCCCCCACACCACUUUCCUUAUCUUUAAAGGCAUAAAUGUCCUUGUGAAAUCCAAGGCUUUUCAGUAUGCAAUGUAUGCUGUUGUUGCUGUCAACGGCGUGUGGAUCUUAGUUGAGACGUACAUGUUGAACAGUGGAUUCUCCUGGUCACGAUCUGUACCCUGGAGUUACAUAGUCUUCCUAACAAUUUAUGGGGUGGAGAUGCUUUUGAAAAUUACGGGCCUGGGACCAUUAGCUUACUUCAGCUCAGGAUGGAACCUGUUUGAUUUCUUCGUCACGCUCUCUGCCUUCUUGGGUCUGAUUGCAUUGGCCUUCAACAUGGAGCCCUUCUACUUUAUUGUAGUUCUACGCCCCCUUCAGCUGCUGCGGCUUUUCAAAAUCAAGCAGCGAUACCGCAAUGUCCUGGACACCAUGUUUGAGCUGUUCCCCAGGAUGGCCAGUUUGGGACUGACUCUCAUCAUCUUCUACUACUCCUUUGCCAUUGUGGGGAUGGAGUUUUUCGCAGGGGUCAUCUACCCCAACUGCUGCAAUACCAGCACUGUGGCAGACUCCUACAGACAGAAGAACAUCACCAUGGGCAACAACACCAUCUUAGAUGAGGGCUACUACUAUCUCAACAACUUCAACAACAUCCUGAGCAGUUUUGUUACAUUAUUUGAGCUGACGGUUGUCAAUAACUGGUACAUCACAAUGGAAGGUGUUACAUCACAGACUACGCACUGGAGCCGGCUGUACUUUAUGACCUUCUACAUUGUCACCAUGGUUGUGAUGACCAUCAUUGUGGCCUUCAUUCUGGAUGCCUUUGUCUUUCGGAUGAACUACAGUCGCAAGAACAGAGAGCCAGUUGGGGACCCAGAGGAUGAAAAUGGCAUUGUGUUUGAGGCUGAAGUAACCCAGGACGAGGCUUUAGCCACACUGGAGCUGUACAAACAGACCUGCCCUGGAGGCUCCAAUCUCAACUCUUUGCAUGGGGUGCUACUCAGCAUGGAGCGAAGUGGGCAGUCCAUGCUGGUGUACUUGGGCAGACGGUCACGUACGAAAAGUGAUCUAAGUAUGAAGAUGUAUGAAGAGGAGAUUCAGGAGUGGUAUGAAGAAUACUCGCAAGAGAACCUGCUACAGCCUCGCCGGCAACUAGAGGCACAGAUGAACUGCCCUACCCAGGAGCCAGCCGACCAGGAUGUACAGCAAAGCACCCAAAGCAUCAACUAGCCCACCCCUCUUGCCUGCCUGCCUUGUGAACAUGCUUUGCAGUCUCUGUUCCUGACCAAAAUUCAUAAACAGGGAGUCUUGUCAGUAUACAGGUACAUGUUAGAGGAUGGUUGACAGUGUUCAACCCUGAAAGGGAGUUGAGGUAACAAUAUGGCCAUGCAUUCCUGCUAUUUGAGUAACAAUGCUUUGGUAUUUAAAAAAACAAGUUCUUUGUUUGUGUUUGCCUCUUGCAAUGUAGACAGAAAUUUUACCCUUGUGGAAAGUAGAGGCAAGGGCGAGUGGAAGCCAUGAUGUGUCAGGACAUUGUGGUUAAUGCUUUUCAGGUAAUGUUUGAAGACAAAUCAUGAGUUUGCACUAGGUCAACAACUCUCAAAGCACAUUCACAAGCCCGCGUGUGCUACCAAGUGGUCUAUCGUGGUAAAGAAACUGGGUAACUUACAAACUGAAAUGCAUUGAUGUAUAUCAGUUUGCACUCCAUCCCAACUUGGUCUCAAGUUCAAAUAGUUGAAUGAUCACAAGCCAAGUCAAUUUAGUACAAAUGAGUUUAAAGCUUUAUAAUACUAAUAAGAAUCUCUGUUGCUAAUAACAUGCUUCAUAAUUUAUAUAUUGUGAAAUCUGACUGAAAUAAAGCAAGACCCAUUCAUUUCCAAUGAAAGCUGCCAUAGAGUAGUAGAAAAGACACCAUGUCAGACUACCUGGAACUGUACUGUGUACCAGCUUCUCAUUAACUUGGCUACAGAAGAUUUUCUUGGCAUUAAGGUGUUAAAGCUGUUGGAAAUGCUUGAUCUUCAUUAUCUGCAUCCAUCUUGCUUCUUAUUAAUGGACUUCAAAAAGAGGCACAACAUCUACAGCACAUAUACCUACAACUGAUAUUUAUUCAUCUUUGGUGUUGAUUACUUGUUUAUUUUUUUGUGACCAAAUGUUUUUUUAUUCAACAAUAACCUUUAUUUUAUUUUUUUAAAUUUGUUUCAGAUUUUUUCCCUAUUUAGUAGCCAAUUGUACCCUAUCUAUUCCAAUUGUCAUGUGUUAGCUAGGGAUACACCGCCUACACCCCGUCCCUCGGCGGCCCGGAUGGAUCAGGUGAUCCCGAGAAUGACACUCCUUCUCCAGGCCACAUCGUCCCGCCACGACUGUGAUUCUGAGGCACUCGGGGUGCUGUUGUGUGUGGCGAUCUCAGUAACCCCCCUUCCUGAGUCCCCCCCAUCAGAGCGGCGAGCUAAUUAUACCGCUCCAUCUGAGUUGGCCAAACUCAGCUUUGGCAGGACCAGGAAUUGAACCCCAGUCCUCGGUGUGCAACUGCAACAAACUGAUGCCUGCAUCAAGGUCCGUUACUUUACUUUACCCCGGGCCAUAGAACACAAUUAAGACAACCCAAAUCAAAAAUCACAACUGAAACCAUAACAAAAAUUAUGAGCAGCAGCAGCUGCUGAAUGCCAGGCAUCCAACUUUCUGUAAUGAGGUCCAUGAAUCAGAGUGAUCGAUGUCAUGAUUGUUUAUCUCCAGCAGGCAGCACGAAGGUCUCGGCCAACAAAACCCACAAGAACAUGAUGGUUAAACAAUGUACUGGAAUCAAUUUUACUUUUCUAACUUGUUAUUCUGUAAGUAUAUUGUAUUUGUGUAUUAAAUAAUAGGAAUAAACAAACAUAUAAUCUGGCUUUAA